GCUUUUCUCGUUGUGCUCUUCUGCCCACAUGAACACACACCGACCUCUUUUCUUUUCACUUUGCAGGUUUUCUACGAUCUCGGGGGGAAAAAAAGGAACGUAAGAAGAUAAUAGUAGUUUAAACUUCCAGAUUGGAGCAGCAUCGGAGCCCAGAGUAACUCCUCCUUUUCGAACCUUCAACCGUUAUUUUCAGAGCACACACACGCAUACACACAUACACACACACACACCGUUUUCAACGUGAGACCUCUGCUACCUUUUUUUUUAUUGCUGCUUUUUCAUCUGCGCUUGUGGUAUUCGGCACACGACUGCCCUACUAUUUGUGUUUUACUGUCACGGCAAGGUGUUGGGGGUGCAGCUGCCGCGUAUACACGGUUUUUUUCUAAUUCAGUAAGCAAACACAAAUUCGUCUUGCCUGCCCUGAUAUCGCUAGUUCGUCGUCGCCGUCGACGAUAACGGGCGUUGUUUCUUCCUUCGUGCUCCCGGCGCGGUUCUCUGCUACUGUGUACAGCUAGAGGGAUCUACUAGUAGCGUUGUCUUUUUGUUUCUGCCUGGUCUCCUCUGGCUACUUCUCUUUCGCCUCUGUAAUGCCCGCAAGCAAAACAGCAAAGCGCAACGAACAGGGUGAGCCGGCGCGCGGCGGAACUGCAACACGCCAGCCACAGCGCGGUGGGCGCAAACGAGCUCGCGUCGCUACGACCACCACCGAUGCCUCCGCUGAAACUGUCGAACCGUCUGUGUCCCCGGCUAGCAACGGCACUGCCCUCGCGGAAGGGGGCCAGUUAGAAGAAAAUGCGUCGCUUUUCUUAUCCCUGUCCGCCGCUCCCGCAGGGCGAUCGUCCGCCCACGAACCAGUCUCCGCCACUACGACAUCUUCCUCAGGUGUCGAUGAGGACGAGGCGCCAGAGGAGAACGGGCUGGUGCGUUCGAACGCGUCGUCCUUUGUGCAGUCGAGCGAUGACGCCGGCAACGUCAACGAUGGCGAGGCGGUCGCAAAGCUGCGCAACGACGUCUGCAGCGCCGCGGAGAAGAUACGUCGAAACGUAGAGAUCAGCAUCAGUCGCUUUACGAUGAUGGACUCGGAACUUGAAGGACUGGCGGCGGCGCGGCAGGCGGUGCAGCCGAAGGUGAACGAGGUUGUUCAGUCACGUUUCCCGGAGCAGUAUGCGGAGGUGGUCACCCUAAAUGUGGGCGGCGAUAUUUUCACCGUGCCGCUCACCACACUGCUAAGCAAAGACAGCCCCAACUACUUUCAUGUGCUUCUCGGGUCCGAUGAAACGGACGGUGUCACGCCUGUCUUCAAAGACGAGAGGCACGCGAUUUUCAUUGACCGCGACCCCGUCUGCUUCAAGCACAUUUUGAGCUACUUCAGGGGCUAUCAGUAUUUCAACUUGUUAAAAGAGGACACGGUGCGUCGUUUGAAGAUCGACGCGGCGUACUUUCAGCUGCCCGGGCUGCUGGCGAUGCUCGGUGAGACGGAGCCGGAGGCGCAGCUUCAGUUUAACGCAGGCCCCGGCGUCAGUAUGGAGCGCAACCGCCUGCGGGUGGUAUACGGCGUGGCGAUGGUCGGCGAUGUGUUUCUCGUGACGGGUCGACACGCCAUCACCUACGAGGUGAAGAUCGCCGACUACACCGGCUUCGGCCUCGUCUCUGAGGCCUGUGUCUGCACCGAUCAAGAGUUUCACAAAACAGCGGACAGCUGUGUGUACUACAUGUCCGGCGUCUUCUACACCAACUACCCCUAUCACCGCAAGGAGGAGAACCUCGACCGUAUUGAGAAUGGCGACUUUCUGACAAUGAAAGUGGACCUUGACAAAGGCUACGUGGAGUACGUUCUGAAGAACUCGCGCAAGAUGAUCUCGAUUGGGCGCGCGCGGCGACUGCGGUUUGCGACGACCAUGAAGCUGGCCUCUCGUGUACGCAUUGUGCCACCAGAGGAGGUGAUUCGGCGGUUGCCGCCUGUGCACUACACGUUCGACGAGUAG